UUGAUGAUCAAUUACGCAUCCGACGGUUGGGAAUCAAAGCAGCAACCGGCAAUCAAGUGAUCAAGUCCACUGAGUCCACUCGGGCCAGAACUUUCAGCUUUGAGCAUUUGGACCAUUUCGGUGAUUUAGGGUUUGGUCACACAAAGAAAGAGAGAUGGGAGGAGGUCAUGGAGGCAGCACAACUUACAAAGGUGUAACUUUGCAUCACCCAAAGAGAUGGCAUGUUGUAACCGGCAAGGGCUUGUGCGCUGUCAUGUGGUUUUGGGUCUUGUACAGGGCUAAGCAAGAUGGUCCUGUAGUAUUGGGUUGGCGACACCCUUGGGAGGGCCAUGAUGACCAUUCUCACGGCCAUGGAGAUAAGCAUUAGUGAUCACUGGCACAGUGUUAAGCUGCAGUCUGAAGAAAAUUAUCUGAUUAAGGGUUGCUGGUGCAGAUGCUAUUCUGGAUGUCUUCUGUUUCAAUAAAGUGAUUGUGAAAUGGGAUUGUCAGCAUAAUGAGAUGAAAACUGAGACUCCAUUUCAACAUUAUGGUUUCUUUUUUCUUUGUAAGCAUGGAUUUUUUUUGACUGAAUGAAUGUGUUUUUUGUGCACCUUAUUCAGCUGAAGGUA